AUGAUGGCAUCACUAAAGGAACUGCUUGACCAGCAAAGUGACAAAAUAUGCAAGUUGUGUGAGGAUAUCAGUGAUGUGAAGCAGCAUAUGUCUUACCUGAAUAAAACUACCGAAAACAUGUCCUGUGAAAUUAAUGACAUUAAACUUAACAUAACGACCCUGAAUAAACAAAUUGAAUCGACAAAUAUGAGAGUAUGUACCCUAGAAAAAGAAUUGUCUGAAAAAAACCACGUCAUUACCUCCCUAUCCACACAGCUCGGCGACAGAGAGCAGCAAGGUCGCUUGAAUAAUUUGGAGAUUGCCGGAAUCCCGUUCAAGAGAAGCGAAAACCUCAAUACUAUCCUAAACUGCAUCGCAACUAAGGUUGGAUUCAUAAUAUCACCUUCUGAUGUCGACUAUAUUCACAGAGUCAGGCGAUAUCCUCGUAAUGAUGAUAAUAAGAAAACCAUGCUUGGUCGAGAAUCAUCUGACAUCCCGAAUAUCAUAGUACGAUUUACUCAAAGAAAAAGAAAAUCCGACAUGUUGGCGGCAGUGCGCGUGCGCCGCGGCCUGACUACAGCUGACUUAGGCCUGGACGGCCUCAAGACCGGUUUUUAUUAA